CCCAAAUGGUACCCAUAGAAGGACUCUUCUUCUUUCCUUCCACUGCCCAUCCAAACAAUCCUCGAACCUACGAGAAACUGAGAGAGAAAGAACACUCCAAACCAAUACUCCUACGAGUCCUACCCCCACCCUCUCCUCUUCUUUAAAUUCCCACACAAACCCCCCACAUUUCACUUUCACUCCUGCAGAACACCCCCCCCCCCCCCCCCCCAGAGCUCUCGCCGUCCAACGCCGCCUUGAGACUCUGAGCGUCUCCCCGACGAUGGCCUCCAUGACGUCAGUGCCCGGCGUCCGGUUUCUUGCUCCGCCGCCCUCCAGUUAUGGAGACAGAGCCGCCUUGUUCUCGAAGCAACCUCUCUCGUCUCUGAGGUUCUCCGCCAAACAAGGUUCCCUCAAAACCCUGAAUUCGUUGAGAUUGAGCAAGACUAGCGAUGGUUUGUUUCUCAGGAGAAGAGUCGAGAGGUCGGUUGUAGUUCGAUGCGACGCUUCUAAUGGAGGAAGGAUUACCCAACAAGAGUUCACGGAAAUGGCUUGGCAAGGUAUUGUGUCAUCGCCAGAAGUGGCAAAAGAGAACAAGCAUCAGAUAGUGGAGACAGAGCAUUUGAUGAAGGCCCUGCUGGAGCAGAAGAAUGGCCUUGCUCGCCGUAUCUUCUCCAAGGCCGGGGUGGACAAUACGCGUCUUCUAGAAGCUACUGAUCAGUACAUCAAGCGCCAACCAAAGGUUCUUGGAGAGUCGGCGGGUUCAAUGUUAGGGCGGGAUUUGGAAGCCCUGAUACAGCGAGCCAGGGACUACAAGAAAGAGUACAGUGAUUCAUUUGUGUCAGUAGAGCAUUUGGUGCUUGGUUUUGCACAAGACAAUCGAUUUGGGAAACAGUUGUUUAAGGAUUUCCAAAUUUCACUCAACACCUUAAGAAAUACCAUACAAGCCAUUAGGGGAAACCAGAACGUCAUUGACCAAGAUCCUGAAGGCAAAUAUGAAGCACUAGAGAAAUAUGGCAAAGAUUUGACAGCCAUGGCAAGAGCAGGAAAGCUUGACCCCGUCAUAGGAAGAGAUGAUGAAAUACGCAGAUGUAUUCAGAUUCUCUCCCGGAGAACAAAGAACAAUCCUGUGCUUAUUGGUGAGCCUGGUGUUGGUAAAACGGCAAUUUCAGAAGGGCUUGCCCAGAGAAUUGUACAAGGGGAUGUGCCUCAGGCUUUAAUGAACCGGAGGUUGAUAUCCCUUGACAUGGGUGCACUUAUUGCUGGGGCAAAGUAUCGUGGAGAAUUUGAAGAUCGGCUGAAGGCUGUGCUGCGGGAAGUAACAGAAUCGGAUGGACAAACUAUUCUUUUCAUUGACGAGAUCCACACGGUUGUUGGGGCAGGUGCUACAAAUGGUGCAAUGGAUGCUGGCAAUCUCUUGAAGCCCAUGCUUGGUCGCGGAGAAUUGAGAUGCAUUGGUGCAACGACAUUGGAUGAAUAUCGUAAAUAUCUUGAAAAGGAUCCAGCAUUGGAACGCCGUUUCCAGCAAGUUUAUGUUGAUCAACCAACAGUGGAAGAUACAAUCUCUAUUCUUCGUGGACUGCGUGAAAGAUAUGAGCUGCAUCAUGGAGUUCGCAUUUCUGACGGUGCACUUGUUGAAGCAGCAAUUCUCUCGGAUCGUUAUAUCAGCGGGCGUUUUUUACCUGACAAAGCUAUAGAUCUGGUCGAUGAAGCAGCUGCUAAACUGAAAAUGGAAAUCACUUCAAAACCUACAGCCCUUGAUGAGAUAAACCGUUCAGUGUUGAAGCUGGAGAUGGAGAGACUCUCUCUUACAAAUGAUACAGACAAAGCUUCCAAAGAUAGGUUGAGUCGUCUUGAAGCAGAGCUUGCUGUCUUAAAAGAGAAGCAAGCGCAACUGAAUGAGCAGUGGGAACAUGAAAAAACUGUCAUGACACGCCUACAGUCGAUUAAAGAAGAGAUCGACAGGGUAAAUCUUGAGAUCCAACAGGCUGAGCGGGAAUACGAUCUUAAUCGUGCUGCUGAACUCAAGUAUGGGAGUUUGAACUCUUUGCAGCGUCAACUUGAAACUGCAGAAAAAGAAUUGGAUGAGUACAUUAAGUCAGGGAAGUCCAUGCUCAGGGAGGAAGUUACCGGAAGCGACAUUGCCGAAAUUGUAAGUAAGUGGACAGGAAUUCCCAUUUCCAAGUUACAACAAUCAGAGAGGGAGAAGUUAUUACAUUUGGAAGAAGAAUUGCAUAAACGUGUUGUGGGUCAAGAUCCUGCGGUGACAUCUAUUGCUGAGGCCAUCCAACGAUCUCGAGCAGGUCUCUCGGAUCCUCACCGUCCAAUUGCCAGUUUUAUGUUCAUGGGUCCCACGGGUGUUGGGAAGACGGAGUUAGCAAAGGCAUUGGCUUCCUACAUGUUCAAUACAGAAGAAGCCCUUGUGCGAAUUGAUAUGAGCGAGUACAUGGAAAAGCAUGCAGUUUCAAGGUUGAUAGGAGCCCCACCUGGUUAUGUAGGGUACGAGGAAGGUGGGCAACUGACAGAGACGGUUCGCAGGAGGCCUUACGCGGUUAUCUUGUUUGAUGAGAUAGAAAAGGCCCAUUCUGAUGUGUUUAAUGUGUUCCUUCAAAUUUUGGAUGACGGAAGAGUUACUGACUCGCAAGGUCGCACUGUUAGUUUCACCAACACUGUUAUCAUUAUGACUUCUAAUGUGGGGUCACAAUACAUACUAAAUAUGGAUGACGAUACCUUACCAAAGGAGAUGGCCUAUGAGACUAUCAAGCAGAGGGUAAUGGAAGCGGCAAGAUCGGUUUUCCGCCCUGAGUUCAUGAACCGUGUGGACGAGUACAUAGUGUUCCAGCCUCUAAGCCGUGAGCAGAUUAAUCGUAUUGUGAAGUUGCAGUUGGAACGAGUGCAGAAGAGGAUAGCAGAUCGAAAAAUGAAGAUCAUAGUGACCGAUGGUGCUGUUCAACUCCUUGGAAGUCUAGGUUACGACCCCAACUAUGGUGCUAGGCCAGUGAAGCGGGUGAUUCAGCAGAAUGUUGAAAAUGAACUGGCCAAAGGCAUCUUGCGAGGAGAGUUCAAGGACGAGGACACUGUGCUAAUAGACACAGAAGUUAUGGCAUUCUCAAAUGGCCAGCUUCCACAGCAAAAGCUGGUCUUCAAGAGGUUGGAACCCAGUUCAGAGGCUCCUGCUGCAGAAAACCAAGAGGCUUUCUCACAGACUGUGAUCUGACAUUUGUAAAUAUUACAUCAAUAUAGUUUUUACAACGCCAUGAGCUAAGGCACCUAGUUUUGUAUUGAAUUUUGUUUAGUCAUUUGAUAACGCAACUGUCUUGUAACAGUCUUAUGCUUUGACCGUAUGUAGCAUACAGAUGUCUAGGGUUUUAACCUAAUUGCAAGUUUUCAGUAAAGCAAGAGAUCAAAA